UGCAAGAAGACAUUUCAUGGACAGGCUUUCUGAGCUUACACAGAAUCAAAUGAUUCACUCUUGAAUUCAUUCACCUCCAUACACACUGAAGCCUUGUAAGGACUAAGAAUUGCUGCAUUGACCAGAGGAAGAAAAUUAGCAAAAGCCAUGGAGAACUCAACCCAAGUCAAGUUCUUUUAUCUCUUUGGCUUACAAGAGACAAACAACAAAUCGGUUUAUUUUAUAUUGUCUCUAAUCACAUACCUUCUCAUCAUCACUAUGAAUUUGACUCUGAUCAUAACAAUCAUUCAGGAGAAAGGUCUCCAUGAGCCCAUGUAUAUCUUUCUGUGUAGUUUAUGUGUCAAUGGAUUGUAUGGAACUGCUGGUUUCUACCCCAAGUUCUUACUGGACCUUCAGUCAGAUGUUCAGGUGAUAUCUUAUGGUGGAUGUUUCACUCAAGCCUAUGUCAUAUACACAUCUGUCCUGUGUGAAAUGUCUACUCUAACAGUGAUGUCUUACGACAGGUAUGUGGCAAUAUGUAGACCACUACUAUAUCACACCAUUGUGACAUCUUUAACUGUUAGAAAGUUACUCUUAUUGUCUUGGUGUUAUCCUUUAUUUAUAUCACUAAUAGCACUUAGUUUAACAGUCAGAAUUCCGUUGUGUGGAUCUCGCAUUGAUAAGAUCUUCUGUGACAAUCCGUCUAUACUGAAACAUGCAUGUUUACCCAUUACCAUCAAUCAGAUUUUGAACAAAUUUGUAAUAGUGGUUCAUGUUUUACAGAUACUAUUCAUUGUAUUUUCUUACUGUCAGAUUGUAAGGACUUGUGUAAAGUCAGCUAAGGGAAGGAUUAAGUUCACACAGACUUGUGUGCCACAUUUAAUAACGAUAUUUAUUUUCAUCACAGUGACCCUGUUUGACACGUUGCAAGGGUGGAAUAAUGUAAAUAUUACACUAAAUAUGCGUAAUGCAAUGGCCGUACAAUUCCUUGUUAUACCACCUGUCUUUAACCCUCUCAUAUAUGGACUUAACCUCAAGCAGAUUCAAAGGGCAGUUUUUAGAAAGUGUAAUGCACAUAAAAUCAUUGAUAUGAGACAUUAGUUACAUGAUCGUACACACCAGGGAGACUUCCUGAUAGCAGAAGCAAGGAUAAAUGGCGCCUUGGUCAAGAGUAGUCUUUUCUUUCGACCAAUGGAUUUGUCUAAAUUUUAAAACAUGUAUUUCUCCAUAUCCUCAUCUCACAUCCUAGUUGCCUAUUUAUCUUACCAUUUCUACCAACCUGCGUGCCAGUUAAGAUUUUUAUCGGGACAUAUUCGUGGAACAUUUUAAUUUAAUUUAUAAUAGUCUUUGUAUCUAAAAAGCAUUGUCUGUUGUUAAUCUACAUUCUACAAUAUAAAUAUAAAUUAAAAUGAUACACAUCUAAAAGUAACUUUUAUUGCCACUGCCAACUAUGUAAAUAGACGACAUAAAGCCAACAUGUAAAAACAAUGCAUCCUGCAUGCAGAAAAUAUACUGAUACAAUUAAAUAUCCUAUAAAUCACAUUGGCUAUGCAUGGCCUGUCUGCAACAAACUUGAAACGCUGUAUCAACUAUCAACUGGGUCAGUUAUUUUAUGACGUUUCCACUGGAUCAGAGCAUUACAUUUUUACCUCUCAUGCCGAGUGGUUAUCAAAGGAGAGAGCUGGAAAUAUUGUUCAAAAACUUUGUGGAACUAUUGUCUUUCUUAACAGAUUCUAAUAACAGACUUUAUUUACUUGCUGUUUGAGGUUGAGAAACAUUUCUUUGAGAAGCUCCACAGCUCAUCAGUGGUGGUGAGAUAAGACAUUCAGAAAUAGUUUGGAUAUAUAUAAUGGGCACAUUUAUAGGCCUACAUUUGCACGCAGGUCAGGUAGUUUAGUCGUACUUCUAUAUGCGUAAUCAGGUGUGAGUCCUUACUUAAUAAAAACAUUGAUAGGAGAGUUUCAAACAAAAAACUAUGAACAAAAUGAUAAAACUCAUAAAUGGAAUUAAAUGAACAAAAACUUGUUUCUCACAAUAUAGCAUAGGUUGUGAGUUCUGCAAUACAAAUAUCCACUACGACAUUGAGACGGUAAAUUACCAUAACCAAAUAAACAUUGCAGAUUAGAAAUAUUGUGAAUUAACGGUAAAUGUAGGCUCCUACUGGUGAUAUUUGAAAUGGGGUAUUGAUAGAGAUAGCAAACAAUGCACACAAUGAAGUUAUGCAACAAUGAAUAUGGAGGAAGAGAGCCACAAUCCCCAUAUUCCCUGAACGGUGGCCUCCACGCAGCCUCUUCAAUGGAUUCAUCCACAGAGACAGGCGCAAGUCAGAUAGGUGUCUCGUGGUAAAAAUCUACAUUUUGUGACUGACUUAAAAAAAAAUGUUUUCAUUACAGACCCCAUUUGUCAUACAGUAUUCCAUUCCAUUCCAUAAGUAACCCAGACCUUAUCAGAGUUGUACAGUAUACUCUUAAUCUAGUAAUAAAUCAAAUCUAGUGACAUAAUUUGACAUUUCUGCCAUCCAUUGUGACAUUGUGAGAGGAUGACCAACUUUCCAAUUAAUGGCAAUGCAUUUCUUAGCUGCUAUACAUGCUAUGGUUACACCGUUUCUUAUUUUAACAGCCUCCAGUGUCAACAUUUCCAAGCAAACAAAAACAGGGAAAGUGAGUGAAUCUAUAGACAUGCUGAGACAAAAUAACAUAGUCUGCCAGAAUGUAGCCAACUCAGAUGAGGCAUGACAAAGAAUUGCUUUGGUGUACAUUUAUACAUUAUAUUAUCCAAGAAUAGAAUCAAUGGUUCCAUAAUUGAAAUGACCAUUAUUCCCAGAUCUCAGACUGUAUCCUACCCAUCAACUCAAGAUGGAUCUUUGUAUCUAUUCACUGAUUGUUAUAAUAUACUGCAAAAGUCACCUGAGCUCUUUAGACUGGCCUUCCCUCGCUGUCUGAUCCUGCUAAGACAUGAUGAGCAUAGUGUUGUGUACUGACUGUGCACUAUAACAGUGAAGCUGGUAGAGCUGUUUAUACAGUGUCAGUGUGAAAAGUAGGGAAUUAUAUAGGAAAACUGACAGAUCAAUAACGUAAUAUUGCUAUACUGACUCUAAUAAAAACUCACAUUGCGCUCUCAAAAAACAUCAGAAUAUCGGUCUUCCAUCCUUUGGCUGCUGGUUCCAUUAGAUACACAUUUUUAGGUUAUUAAGUAUUAUUAAGCAUCUAUGUGCUUAUGACCAGGCCUCCUCAGUGUGUCUCUCAAAAUAAGUGGAUAUUCACAACCACUUUGGAAGAAAAUUCAUUGUUGCAUUGAUGCAAUAAGAAUAAUAUGCAUGUAGAAAGUAUGGUUGAAUAUAGGCUACACAUUUAGAGUGAAAUAAUGUGCAUAAACAAGAUACAAGAAAUACCGAACAGAAAUAUCACAUCACUACAUUUUUAGAAAUCCAAGAUUAACGUAUAUUACAUAUUCAUAUUCUGACAAGUCGAAAUGAUGUAUUUUUGUUUUUUACAGUUUUAUGGUGGUUGUUUUAGAAAUGGCACAAAGUAGGCUAUGUAUAGCUUCAGGCAGUAAAUCAAAUGAUUUACACUUGUUAUUGGACAAACCUUGAGUUGGAUUGACAUAUUGACUAGCCAACCAUUGAUUGUAGCUUUGUUGGCCCUUCCCUCUCUGAUGUAGUGGUAGUGUUAUGAUUUUUUUCUUCUAGCACAACAGGAUGUAAAAUAGCCAACUAUACAGAGCUACAUUGUUGCAGUAUCGGGUUCAACGGAAGUGCAAAAUUCAAUAACAGACACCGCAAACUAGUUUUAACUAUUUUAUUUCAGUGCCAGGGGUAGUUACCUCUGUUUUGCAACAAUGUUUGUUUUGCAACAAUAGAGUGUCACAUAGCUUUCAGUUGUCCUAAAUUGUGAAUACACCUUAGUUUUCUAAAGAUUAAGUGUAGAACUUUAUAUCACCUACAGAUGUAUCAAAAUACACGUCUUACAUUUAAUAACUGAAUGUAUACUAUAUUUAAUAAAUUGUUUUUCUCACACUGGAAAAUUUGUCAAAUAAAAAAAUGUAUCGUCCACAAUAUACAAAUAUCUUGUUCUGUAUUGCAAUGACAAUCUUUUGUGUUCUAUCUCCAUAGUUGAUUGAAUUUA